AUGGCUUCACCCCCCGCCUCCUCGAACCCGCUCACUGUCCUGGCCCCCAAAAGGAAGACCAAGAAGAAACAGUUCGUGCAGCAGAAGGUGGAGGUGUUCCGAGCCAGUGACUCCGUGCUGAGCGCGCUCAUGUGGGGAGUCAGUCACUCGAUGAACGACCUCAGCCAGGUGCCCGUCCCUGUCAUGCUGCUUCCAGAUGACUUCAGAGCCUACAGCAAGCUCAAAGUCAACAACCACCUCUUCAACAAAGAGAAUCUCCCAGGACAGUUCAAGUUCAAAGAGUACUGUCCUCAGGUCUUCAGAAACCUCCGAGAGCGCUUUGGAAUCCAGGAGCAGGACUACCAGGCGUCUCUGGCCCACAGUCCCCCAGUUAAAGACGGGGAGGGCCAAGGAGUGGCUCUCCUGAUGACGUCAUCCAACUGCACGCUGCUGCUGAAAGAGAUCUCCAGUGAAGAAGUGGAGGACAUGCACAACAUCCUGUCUGAAUAUCACCAGCACAUUGUGACCUGCCAUGGCAGCACGCUGCUCCCUCAGUUCCUGGCCAUGUACAGAAUCACCGUCGACAGUGAAGAUACCUACCUCCUCGUCAUGAGGAAUAUAUUCAGCCACAGACUGCAUGUACACAGGAAAUAUGAUUUAAAGGGGUCUCUUGUGUCUCGUGAAGCAAGUUUUAAAGAAAAGGAGAAAGAGUUGCCCACUUAUAAAGACGUAGACUUCAGGAAUAACAUGCAGAAGGUUUAUGUGAGUGAGGAGGAGAAGGAGAAGAUCAUGGAUAAACUCAACAGAGAUGUGGAGUUUCUGGAGCACAUGAGGAUUAUGGACUACAGCCUGCUGCUGGGUAUUCAUGAUGUGGAACGGGCUGAGAGGGAGGAGGAGAAAGACAUGGAGUCCUCCGAUGACGAAGAGGAGGAUCAGAGUGGCCCUUCUCCUGUCUCCGCUUUCAGCUCCUGUGGCCCUUCACCUGAGGCUAUUGCAGGCUACAUGAACUCAUUCAAGCCCAUGGGCCUUGGGGAGUUUGACCCUUAUGUGGAUGUGUAUGCCAUUCAGAGUGCUGUAGGUGCAUCCCACAGGGAAGUCUAUUUUAUUGGGAUCAUCGACGUGCUGACGCAGUAUGACACCAAGAAGAAAGCUGCUCAUGCUGCUAAAACCGUCAAGCAUGGGGCAGGAGCGGAAAUCUCCACGGUCCAUCCGGAGCAGUAUGCCAGACGCUUCCGGGACUUCAUAACAAAGAUCUUUGCCUAG